UUUGGCGGGUUUUGUAACAAGAUUGUAACGUACCGAAGUGGCAUCAUCGUACGACAGUAGAGCGCUCUACAGUUAUUGACUGGUACGUAGAAAUUGGGUGUUUAGCACUCUCUGGAAUACUGAGGGCGCUAACUCGUUCGAUAUCUACAUUCUUUGGUAUUCGUGUCUGGCGUGGAAAGGUGUAUGCUGGUGUAGAAGUUCUACAGAACCAUUCACAACACAAAUUAAUUUUGAAAUGGCUAACAAUUGGGCUGGUCCGUCGCGAAGGUUGCCUGAAAAUGAAUCGUCAAUUGCCUACGUGCAGAUGGAUGGUUUGGCUGUGAUGAAGAUGAUCAAACACAGUCAUGAAGAGGCGACUCGUAAUUUAGAAAUUGCACAAGGAGCCUUACUUGGCUUGGUGGUGGAUACUAGAUUGGAAAUAACAAAUUGUUUUCCAUUUCCAAAACAUAAUGAUGAUACCAUGGAUGAAGAGGAGUAUCAGCUUACAAUGAUGAGGCAGUUGCGACGUGUCAAUGUUGAUCAUUUCCAUGUUGGAUGGUAUCAAAGUGCUGAUGUGGGGAACUUUCUUAAUGUACCUCUCUUGGAAUCACAGUUUCAUUACCAGACAUCAAUAGAAGAAUCUGUUGUUGUCAUUUAUGAUACACAGAAAACAACACGUGGAUUUCUAUCAUUAAAAGCCUAUCGCCUUACACCACAAGCUAUUCAAAUGUAUAAAGAAAAUGAAUUUGCCCCUGAAAAUUUGCGAAAUUUGAAAGUUGGUUAUGAGACUUUAUUUGUGGAAGUGCCAAUUGUGAUAAAAAAUUCUCAUUUAACAAAUAUAAUGCUCCUGGAGCUUAGUGAAAUGAUUCCUGAAGAGGAAGGGAGCAAGUUUUUAGAUUUAGGAACAGCGUCUGUCCUUGAAAAUCAAUUGCGUUGUUUGAUGGAUCGGGUUGAUGAAUUAAAUCAAGAAGCUAUCAAAUUUAAUAGGUAUCAACAGCAAGUCCUUAGACAACAGCAAGAUAAGAAUCGAUUUUUGGUUAAAAGGGAGUCGGAGAAUGCUGCUCGUAAAGCGAAGAAUGAAUCGCCUCUUCCUGAUGAUGAUAUCAACAAAUUGUUCCGGCCCAUUCCAGCUCCACAACGGUUGAAUCCCAUGAUUGUAUCUGGACAAAUCCAGACUUACAGUCAACAUAUAUCACAGUUUUGUUCUCAGUCUUUGGCUAAAUUGUACAUCACGCAAGCUCUUCAGAAUGCCAAGGAAGGGAAAUCUACUCCUUAAUUUUUAUUUUUUUUUAUUCUCCCCUAAAUGAUUGUAAAGACCCUGGUCAAACAUUUUGUGAAGUGAAUCAAAUAAAUCCUAUAUAAAGUAAGUGAAAUAAGAUCUUUUAUGUUAUUAUAGUUGGGUACACACAUUUAAGGCUAAUCAUGAUUCUCGGUGAUUAUUACCUUGUUCAGUUGUAUAUGUGGCUAAGGAAUAUUGCAAACGACUUUGUGUUGCAAUAUAUAUGUUAUUAAAAUAACUUCCGUGCAAAAGGUGUGUUGAUAUUAUUAAAUAGAAGGAUGUCUUGAUAUUAUUAUAAUAAAAAAAAAAAAAGAAGAUGAAAACCUGCUUCAUUUGGUAAAGAAUCAAUUGCUAAAUUUUCAAUUCAGGGAAGGCCAAUAGUGUUGAUAGGAAUAUGGGGGCAGGACCUAAUAUUCAUAGAACGGCCCUUAACAGCACUUCCCUGUUCCCAUGACUACUCACCAUGCAAUCUACAAUUGAUUUGUUCACUCACCUGCACCAAAAAAGGCAAUCAGAUGAUGAUAUAUGAAAUAAUGGUGUGAAAGUGUAACGGUGAUUCAUAAAACACUUUUCUUUCAAGAAACCGUGUUAUGUUCUUUACCCAUUUCUGAAUCAUGCUCGUGCAAAUGAUGCUCUUGUGCGCUUUUGAUGCGUUUUGCACAAAUUGCUGCUCUGAUGUGCCGAUAUGUGGCCUCCACUCGCGUUUUUGGGAUGGUCACCCCUUGUGGUCAUAGUUCUUACCAGAGACAGAUUAACCGUUGCAGGUGCCUCAUGUAGAUGCCUUUGUAAUAACAUUCACUCCUUCAUUCAAUUCUGAUUUUUACUUGGGCAUGGAAAGUCUAAAUUUGAUAAUCUGUCCAGAAAGCGAUGAAAAACAAACUUUAGUUAAACUUUUUUUAUGUGGCUUGCACAAAGUUUCAAAAGUAUAUCUUGGUGUGGCAUUUGAUGCUUGUUUGGAUUUCAAAUUUGCACAUGGAACUGAUGUGUAGCAAAGCCAAGAAAAUGCUAGGUUGCCUAAUAAGGAACAAAAGAUGUGUUCGAUAACUUUAGUUAGGUCAUUAUUAAAGAUGUUAAAUAAAGGGCAGAAAUGGGAGCCUUAUGGAGAACCUGAGGGAACAAUAUAUCGAGUUACUACCAUUAGGAGAAACUUUUCUCACUCUUCAAGUCUGAAACCAGGCCAGAAGUCUCAGCGCAAACUUGAGUUUGGACUCUUAGGGUAUUUCGAUCUACCCGAUCAAAGGCGAAGUGAGUAUAGACCUCGUCCACUUGUCCUUAGUUACGGCUGCUCCUUAAGGGCUCAAUGGCGGCGCCCUGCCCAGAAAAAAUAAACCCUGCGAAAAGAUGCAGAAAUGUUGCCAGACCUAAAAAUUGACACGUUUCGCUUUGUUUCGAUGCUGAAGCCAGAAUUGCAACGCCAACCUUUUUUUUAAUCAUAAAUGGACAUAAAUGUAGCUUCACUAUGCACACGUUUUGUUGAACUCUCCUUUUGCUAGUAAUGGUAAG